AAUUCUGUAAGUAGUUCUAAUUUACUAUCACUGUUCUCUAGCUGGUCUAAAACCGCUUUUGAGCUAAAGGGACGCUUUUUGGGCGCCAUGGAUGUUUUUUUCAGUUUCCAGGCAGAAAGAACAGUCAAAAUGCAGGCAGGGCACAGGACAAAGCAGUAGGGACAAAAUGUAUGUGAAAUGGUUUUGAUACAUGAAUGUCACUUUUAAAAUUUUUGAAUUUCCCGGCGGUUCUGGCCCCCGUACGUCCCGAAGCUCGCAGGGAACGGAACCUGGAAGACGGAUGCCGGCAUUGGCCGGAGGAGAUGGCCGGGGACACUGCAGGGGGGACAU